ACUCCUGAAGGAAGAGCUUUCCUGAUGGGACCACUUUCAAGGGUGAAGUGAAAAGCAGAUUGACAAAGAUCCAGCAUUGACACUUGAAAGAAAUGAAGGACUUGCUAGCUUCAUGCCUGGAUGACCAAAGACCUUUCAAGAACAUUUCACUGCUAUUCUGAGGGCUCAAUGGACAGCUUGUAUGAGCCUGUCCCAGAACAUCAAGAACCCAAGGAUACAACUACUGUUGACAGCCGGGCUAGCACUCCAGUGAGCAUGCAUGUAAACUGUGGACCACCUGAAAGGUCUAUGUCUUUGGGAUUUCCUGACUUUGAGAACACAGUGACCAAAAAAAGAAAAUCCAUCCAGAAGUCCAUGUCUGAGAAUGAAGCAUUUGACAGGAAAAAUGUGAAUGGCACACUUUGGCAGGGCUCCAGGAAGCCGGAGAAUGAUUCGUACAUCAGAAGGCACUGUCAGCUUGAAGAUAAUAUCAUUGGUGAUGGGAUACAUUUGCUGCAAGGAAAGAAGACAGAAGAAACCACAUGCCAGGUGAUAAACUAUGAGCAGUGGAUUCCGCCACGAGUUCACAAUCUAGAUGUGGUUGGUAACAGUGAAACGGGUACAGGACCAGAUGAUAAAGCAGAGUCCAUGGGAACAUUAAAACGAUUGCAGAAAUUGGUCCGAAGCAAAAAAACAAAUAGGCAAAGCUUGGAUGAUGUUAAACAUGUUUUGCUCCCCCUCAAUACAUUAGAAGAUGCUUAUCUCUCUGAAGAGGAUGAAGCAGCACUAACUUCUUGCAUGAAACUGACCAAACCUCAGGAAAAGAAGACCUGGAAAGACAAUGUGAGGAGAAAAGAAGAGACUGAGACUAGGGAAGAUUUUAUUUCUGCAUCUCUGGGCCAGUCAUAUACUUCCAGACUUAAUAACUUAGGAACUAUUUCAAUCCGCUCGGAAACCGAAUUUCACUUGUGGAGUGACUGGAAGCCAUUUCCUGAUAACCAGCUCUGUCCUUGUGACUUCUUGAUUUCAAAAAUAGAAGAAUGGGAAAACUGUACUUGCUCUUCUCAUCAUCCACAUCUCGCAUAUUCCCUAGCUGAUAUGGAUCUACAGUACUCCUGGCGCACAAGCAGCUUUGGAAGUUUUGACCGUUUCAGGCAUCACUCGAUAUCAAAGACAGACGACUCAGCUGAGAUAUCUGAGUUGGAGACUAUAAGUGACAUUGGAGAUGCAGGCCAAACUAAAGCAGCAAAUAAUGGAAGAAGUUUGGGUAAGAAGAUGAGAGCCAUUUCCCUUACCAUGAAGAAAAAGAUGGGUAAAAAGUACAUCAAGGCACUCUCUGAGGACAUGAGUGAAGAAGGAAAAGAUGACAGUGAUCCUGGUGGUGGAAUACACACUGAGAAAGUCUCCCUAAAAGCCAGUGACUCUAUGGAAAGUCUCUAUAGUCUGAACAGUGGCCAAAGCUCAUCUAGUGGGGUGACCAGCUGCUCAGACGGAACAAGCAACAGGGACAGCCUCCGGUUUGAUGACGAAGUCCCUUACAGCGGGCCCUUCUGUGGUCGAGCCAAAGUUCACACCGAUUUCACACCAAGUCCUUAUGACACCGACUCUCUGAAAAUCAAGAAAGGAGACAUUAUAGAUAUCAUCUGUAAAACCCCCAUGGGUAUAUGGACAGGCAUGCUGAACAACAAAGUAGGAAACUUCAAGUUCAUUUACGUGGAUAUUAUCUUGGAAGAGGAAGCUGCACCCAGAAAGAUAAAGCCGCACAGAGGAAGCAAAAGGACCAAGCCUAAAACAUUGCAAGAGCUCCUGGAUUGUGUCCACCUGCAGGAAUAUGCCUCAACUCUGUUGCUAAAUGGCUAUGAAACUUUAGAGGACUUAAAGGAUCUACAGGAGAGCCACCUGAUUGAAUUAAAUAUUUCAAACCCAGAAGACAGGGCAAGAUUUUUAUCAGCAAUUGAAAAUCUGCAGGACUAUGACAUUGAACAGCAGCAGAAAAGUGAGGGUAGUCAGGAGACACGGAGCUUAAGCCCUCACCAUGGCUUUGACAAAUCACAGUUAAAUGACUGCCCAAGAGAUUCUGGCUGUUACAUCUCAUCAGAAAAUUCAGAUAAUGGUAAAGAAGAAGCAGACCCAGAAACUCUGUCUGACAUGGUGCAGUCAAUAACGAUCACUGAGUCGAACUGAUUCACUCCUGCUGCUUUUCUGCAGAUUUUCAGAAGCGACAAUCAGGUUUGCUGGCGUGAUGGCACAGAAGAAGAACACAAAAUAUUCUCAACACCAAGAAUCUACUUCUGCCUGAUGUAUGAUGCUCUAGACUGUUUAAUAUGUGGACACUUCACAGCCGAAUGUUAGCUGAUAAUAAGACUGUCUCAUGGUUUUCUCUUCAAUGAAUCCACAGACAGUUCACUGAAAAAGUUUACACAUAUUUAUAAAGAUUUGUACAGUAAAUGCAUUUUCUAUAGUAAAGAGAAAUGUUUUAGGUAGUGGUACAUAAUCUGGACGUGUUCAUUUCUGGAAAUGUCCAAAAUGUAAAUAUUGUAUAUAUUUAUUUUCAAACCUAUCAAAAAGUAGACUAACAUCUCCUUCUCUUUAUCCUGGAGGUACAAAACAGCUAUAGUGUGAAUCUGAAUCAAGCUCUCUGUGUUCAUUAUCUUUUAGAGAACACAGCCAUCUGAAUGACUUAUGCACUGGCAAUUUCUUUAUUGUUAUUUCCACACCUGUUCUCAUUCUUCCCAAGCAUUACACAGAGAAUGCAAGCUUGGAGAAAAAAAAAAAUCAGUAUCAACGCUAUGUUUUUGUAAUAAUUUUUUGUGAAGUUCUUGCCUUUUGUGUGUGGUGUGAAGUUUGUUAAUAGGGUAUUUGUUUGUAUACAAAACUCGGAAGCUAAUAUGGUUAUUGUGCACUGUUGUCUUUCAUAUGAGAUUUUAUUGUAUUUCCCGGUAUAUUUUGUACUGGAAUACACAUUUUAAUUGCC